GGCUCUCGGUGACAGCUCUGUCGCUUGAAGGAUCAAAUCCCAAACAUCUGCUGUUCAAAACUGUUUUUCCGUUCGGCCUUUUUGUGCUGGUAUAAAAUGUUCCAUACCUGAAGGACUGUCCUUACGUACAGGUGUUAACAAAGCAGUGCCUUGUUGCCCAUCACACAACAUUCCAGGUGCUGUAGGUGUGUGGUGGUGCUGAAAUGAAGCCCAAGGACUGCUCAGUGCCCCCUGUGACAGCUCAGUGCCCCCUGUGUUCCCCAGGAUGUGCUGGAAUGGCAUUUAGGCAGCUCUGAUUUAACACAGAAAGACAGGAGCAAGCCUGGCCUUGGAGCUUUGUUAGCUUUUAUUUCCCUCCCUUGGAAUCUGUGUCAGGAAGAGUGGUAAACCCUGAACCAGUAAUUUCAUGAAGCUCCUUUGGACUUGUCAGUGUUGUUAUUCUAAAUAUCAGCGUAUCCCUGUGUGUGCAUGUCCUAUCCCAUCCACAGCAAUGCAUGGAAACAUCUGUUAAUUACCAACAACACACAGAAUGCUGUUGAUAUUUUUCUUCCUUGCUGAGGAAAUAAUGUUAUUAAUGGGUUACAAGAAGAGAUCCUCCAGCUGACUCAUUACUCAUUCCGGGAGAGGGGUGGAGGUUAAAAAUGUCAAAAAUCACUACAGAACUUCUUUUGGAAAGAGCAGUUCCAAGAUCUACGAGGCUCCGGAAGAUCGAGACGCUGAACCUGUCCAAGCUGCAGUUGAAGACUGGAGAUUUAGACCCGCGGUUGUUUUCCCGGCUGAGGCACCUGCAGAAACUAGAUCUCUCUGAUAAUUUACUGGACAAAUUUCCCAACAGCCUAACCCUGCCUGACCUGCGUGUCCUAAACUGCAACAAUAACCAGCUGGAAGAUGUAACUGCUCUGAAACAGUUCCCUCUGCUCGAGGAGCUGACCUACGAGAACAAUGUGUACUUGACACUCAACGAUGACUAUAAAGUAAUGUUUCUUCUGGAAAAUCUUCGGCUGCUCAAUGGCAAGGACAUAACCAAACUGGCCAAUCACGUGAGGCACGUCCAUAGCCGUAAGCUCACCAGCAAGGUUACUGCUCACUGGGAAAAAUUCUUCCGUGACCAACUUCCUGAGAAAUACACAGCUGAGCAGGUGAAGUCCAUCAGGAAGAAGUUCCUGAAGUCAGUACAAACCAAUGUAGUGUAUGGACCCAGCUCCCUCAGUGAAUUCACCCGCUGGCGGGUGAAAAUGAUUGCAGAAGAGUUUCUGUCAUACUCACUGGGUCUGGAGCUAAACUCAGAUACUGAAUCAGAGGAAAAGGCAGAUGAGAAUGAGGAAGAAAGUACAGAAAGCCCUAGAGAAGCUGCAGAGGACGUGGCUCAGGUCACAGUAACACCCAGCAAGAGGAAAAGAAACCAUUCAAAGUCAGGCGCUGGAAACAAGAGGUCCAAGUCCCAGGCAAACACCGAGGAGGAGGCUGUAGUUAAUCCCAGAAAGUCCAGCCAUGUGCAGGAUGACCCAGCUCCUGAUAAACCAAGAACAUCAAACCAGCCAGCCAAGGAGACAACCCCUGAGCAGGGAGCUGAAGGGACACAGAAGAAUGGAGAGCAGUUUCCCAAGGGGCAAAGCAACAGAAGAUCCAGCCAGAUGACAGGGGAACAGAAAAGCCAGGAGCAGGACAAUGGAGUUGUUACUUUGACUCCAGUGAAGAACUCCAAGCGAAAGGAGGAUGUCAGUGCAGAGCCAUUGCAUUUUCUUCAGUGUCACAGUAAAGGCAACAGCCGCGAGGAUUUUAAAACGCAGCUCUGGUCCUGUGUCUUCGAGCCAGUGCUAGACUCUGGAGCCAGGAAAGAUCCCAUUGUGAGCUCCUCCAGAACCGUGGCAACCUGUGGAGGGGAAUCUGUUUGUCUGAUUGAUUGUGAGACAGGGACAGUGCUGAAAAAGUAUAAGGUGGCUACAGAGGAGUUCUUCAGCGUUGCAUGGACAACCCUCACAAUGGUGAUCAGCGACAGUCGGAAGAAAGCUCACAAUAUCUUGGCAGCUGCUGGGAGGAGAGGGAUUGUCAAACUGAUCCAUGUGGCAGCUGACUUCUGCUACGGAGAGAUAAAGGCUCACAAGAAGCCCAUUGCUACUGUCUGCUUCAGCCCAACCCAAGAGACCCACCUCUUCACUGCAUCCUAUGACAAGCGAAUUGCACUCUGGGAUAUUGGGAUUCCAGACUGUGACUACAAUUUCAAAGCAAGCCAGCUGCUGGUGCUGGAAGCAGCCUCUAUUCCCUUACGGAUUGCCCUGGUGCCCACCUGCCCGGAGCAGUACCUGCUGGCAGGCUGUGAAAGUGGCUGCUUUGCCUGGAACAUAAAACUGGAUAAAGGAGAAAAAAGCAGGCCUUUUGAAGCCAUAUUCCAGUUUCCUGAUGAUGAAAGCAUGACAACAUCUCACAGGGUCGAUGGUCUGGCUUUUCUGAAUGACGAUGUCGUUGUUUCCAAGAGCUCCAAACCAGGAUGCAUUUACCUGUGGAGCUGGAGCCGGUCCUUUGACGCCAAGGGGAAGGGAUGCCAGCGGACAGUGUCUGCAGUUAUCCUGGCUGAGCUGGAGUGGUCCACGACAGACAUGUCCUACCUGACACUCAGCACCUGCCCAGCAAAAGGCUAUGUGUUCUGUGGUGAUGAGAAGGGCAGCGUGUGGAUGUACAACCUCUCCAGCUACACCACGGCCUGGGGCUCUCCAAAGGGAAAGCGCUCGGAGCGGAGGAUCUCUCCUGCACAGAUCCUCCAGUGGCCGGAGCUCCGCGUGAACGGGGAGCAGCCCCCCGAGAUCCUGGUGAACAACGUGGUGUCAGACCCUGCCUUCACCUACCUUGUUGUCCUGACCAGUGUGAACAUAACAGCCAUCUGGAAGAAGUCAUAGUCCCCUGUGCCAGUCUCGCCCCCGUGAUUUGAACUAGUGCAGUAUUAGUGACUGUUACCCAUGUGCCCAUGAACGUUUUCUAGACCAGCCAUGAUGUGCAAGAUUAAACGAAAUAACAAAGGUAAGGGUUUGUUAAACUCAUUGAAUCGUUGUAAACAUCCGGUUUCUUUUACUGUAAGUUUUCACAAUUUGUGCAUUUGUUUUAUAGAAAUGGCACUUAAUAAAACAAAAUACCAGUUCA